UGCUCCGAGGAAGUUCUCCCGCGCGGCGGAUGCGUCAGCCCCGCUCUCCUGCCCGGUCCCGUCCCAUCCUGGUGCUGUCUACGCGUCCCGGAGCCCCUGGGCUGCGCGUCCUCCCGGCACCGCGCGCGGCGCAGUCUGUCAGAAGAUCAACGUCACUCCAGGGCCUGAUGAUGAAGCGGACUUUGCUGUGCUGGCCCCUGUCUUGCCUCUUUGUGCUGCUGCCCUGGCCCCUGGCCACUCCAACACCAAUAACUCCUUGGCUGUGUCCACCUGGCAAGGAGCCUGACCCGGAGCCAGGACAGGGCACAUUAUGCAGAACUUGCCCCCCAGGCACCUUUUCAGCCUCAUGGGACUCCUAUCCAUGCCAGCCUCAUUACCGCUGCAGCCUUCAAAAGAGGUUGGAGGCCCAGGCUGGCACAGCAACUCAUGAUACAAUGUGCGGAGACUGUCAGCGUGGGUGGUUUUGGCCACAGGGAGUUCCUCAUGGUCCGUGUCAGCCAUGUUCCAAGGCACCUCCAAGUACUGGUGGCUGUGAUGAGUCAGGGCGGCGGGGCCGGCGGGGCGUUGAAGUGGCAGCAGGUACCAGUAGCAACAGUGAACCUCGGCAGCCUGGGAAUGGCACUCGGGCAGGCGGUCCUGAGGAGACGGCUGCCCAGUAUGCAGUGAUUGCCAUCGUUCCUGUCUUUUGUCUCAUGGGCCUUCUGGGCAUCCUGGUGUGCAACCUGCUCAAGCGGAAGGGCUACCAUUGCACAGCCCAAAAGGAAGUCGGGCCCAGCACUGGUGGAGGAGGCAGCGGGAUUAAUCCUGCCUAUAGGACAGAAGAUGCCAACGAGGACACCAUUGGAGUCCUGGUGCGCCUGAUCACAGAGAACAAAGAGAAUGCAGCGGCCCUGGAGGAGCUGUUGAAAGAAUAUCACAGCAAACAGCUGGUACAGACAAGCCACAGGCCUGUACCCAGGCUGCUGCCAGCCUCACCCAGCAUGCCCCACAUCUGCCCACAUCACCACCACCUCCACACUGUGCAGGGCCUGGCCUCACUCUCUGGCCCCUGUUGCUCCCGUUGUAGCCAGAAGUGGCCAGAGGUGCUGCUGUCUCCUGAGGCAGCAGCUGCCACCACUCCUGCACCCACCCUUCUGCCUACUGCAUCCCGGGCUCCCAAGGCUAGUGCCAAGCCAGGACGUCAGGGCGAGAUUACCAUCUUGUCUGUGGGCAGGUUCCGUGUGGCUCGUAUUCCUGAGCAGCGGACCAGUUCAUUGUUAUCUGAGGUGAAUACCAUCACGGAGGCUGGGCCUUCAGAGGGUGAUCUCCCUGACUCCCCACAGCCUGGUCUUCCCCCUGAGCAGCGGGCACUGCUGGGAAGUGGUGGGAGCCAUACUAAGUGGUUGAAGCCCCCAGCAGAGAACAAGGCUGAGGAGAGCCGCUAUGUGGUCCGGCUAAGUGAGAGCAGCCUGGUCAUCUGACGGGCCGCCUAGGGUUAGACGCUGCCCUGGCCGGGGCUUCUGAAGGCUUCCUGCGGAGGGAGAGCUGCAGCUGGGACCGAGGACCAAGAUGCAAAGGCCAAGUCCUGGGGUGGGACCGUCCGCCCCACUGAGGAGGCAGCCUGCGGCACAGCACGGGAGCAGGAGAUCAAGAGCCCACCCUCUCCCUGAAGCCCCGGUUACUUCCAUGCAGGGUGCUGUAACCCUGUGCCUGCCCUGAACACAUCAUAGGAGCCCUCUGUCCCUUAGAGGUCUGGUUUGGUGGAAGAGUGGCAUCUGUACCUGGUCCCAAGCUUGUGCCUUGGGAACUAGCCACUCCUGCCCAUGUCCUGGACCCUGGAUGUGACUCCCUCUCUUCUGGCAGGCCCUACAAAGGGAAGGGGUAGCAAAGAGCCCUGUGCUGGUGGCAGAGUACCUGGGUUCCAAUCCUGGGCUUAUCCCUAAGUACUGACUGUGACAUUGGGGAGGAGACCUCAGUUCCCAGAACCUCUCCAGCUCUUUGCAGAUUCUGGGCUGAGCCCUGUUGGGGGGAGCUUGACUUUGCUACCCUCCCAUUAGUAGCUUUAUCUGGCCUGUUUUUGCUGCUUCCUGGGCCUUGGCCUUCAUGGCACUCAUGGGACUAUUUAUUAUGGUGAUGCCUUCAGAAGGGGCUUAAUGCAUGUGCCUGCCCCUACCCUGCUAUUUUUAAUGAAACUGAAAAAUGACUUGACUUGGACAGGGCUCUCUGGUGCAGAGCCUCAGUCCAUCCUGCUGCCCUCAAGCUCUGGAGCUGUGGAAAGAGGAGACUGGCGGGCUAGGGAGUGCCUGUGGCCUGUGGUUUUCAGUGCCCCUGUGGUACAGUAUCUGCCUGAGUUUUGGGUAGCGGGGGUGACUGCCAAUCCAGCCUAUUUAGUCUCUGCUCUGGCUCAGUGCCUCGUUAUUUAUGUGGGGCCGUGCAGGCGCGGGGCCCACUACCCAUCCCAUUUAUUAUUUAUUGAAACCUGCUGUUGCCCUGCCCCUACAUCUCCAGCCCCACAUACUUGAGUAAUAAAAGGUGGAAAAUGUCAUCACGAGGUGCUUCCUUUCCCUGUAUCCCUGAAAACUGCUCACCUCCAGGGCCCUGCCAGGUGUGUGACACAUUGCCCUCCCCCUCAUCAGCACCUUCCUCUGAAACCAGGGAAACAGGCAGAGGUGGCUCCUUGUCUCAUUCUCACCGAGGUCCCCAGAGGCCAGGUUCCCCAACAGAAAUACAGGCUGAGCCAUAUAUGUGAUUGAAUG